AUGGCCUCUCCAGAUCCCAACAGCGACGAAACUUCGUACAUCAAGAUGUCCGCCGCCGCCGUCGAUGACCGGGGCACCGACGCCACCCUAACUGGCUCUCACUGCCAGUACAGCUAUUGCAACCAACUCGACUUCCUUCCUUUCCGCUGCCAAAGCUGCGACAAGACGUUCUGUCUCGACCACCGCACCGAAGACGGCCACGCAUGUACCAAUCCGGGUGCUUGGGCAGCGCGCAAGCGCGAAGCUGAGCUAGCCAAACACUCGGCGGGUGAAGGUCGGCGCAUGCGCGAUCUGAUAGCUCAAAAGCCAUGCGCCGACGACAAUUGCAAGACAACCAUAGGCACUGCACUCAUUCCUGGUGUGCAUUGCACAAAUUGCAACCGCGAUUACUGCCUUAAACAUCGGCUUCCCGAGGACCAUGCCUGUAGCAGCAAGCCACCAAUUGGGGCGCGGGCUGUCAGCGCCGCUCAUGCGGCGGUCGUCGCCAACAAUGCCAAAAGUGCGCUCGAGCGGUUCCGCCUCUGGGGCCAAGCGAAGAAGGAACAGGCCAAGAUCUCCUUCGCGUCACCGGCUGCGAAACCAAAACUGGCGCAGAUGGUGGCCGUGAACAACCUCAAGAAAACGGCGAAGGGGGACGCUAAGAUUGCACCGGAGAAAAGGAUAUACCUAUAUGUUGAAGCCGAGGCAGCAACGGCCAAGGCGAAAAUCCCCAAAGGCGAAUUCUUCUAUUCCCAGGACUGGGUGGUAGGAAAGAUGCUUGAUACCGCGGCAAGGAGCCUCCAGGUGCAGAACAUCAACAACCAGUCAAAUUCUGAAGAGGACCGGUUACGAGUGUUUCACGUGGAAGGGGGCAGGCUCCUAGAGUUCGGCGAGAAGCUUGGACAGGUGUUGCAGAGUGGGAAUACGGUGGUGCUUCUCAGAGGAGUCGGGCCACCGCCUGACUUAAUCGAGGCCUAG